CAUUGCAUGUUUCGUGAAAGUUUGUACACUACAUUACCCAAAAGCCAUUUUUUUACGUCACGACGCCAGUCCAGUGGCAGAAUCCAACAUGGACGAUAACAUGGCUGUUGAAAAGAGCCCGGAGGAAAUGCCGGCAAUCUUAAGCUCCCGACCACAGACCGGUCUGUCCUUCCUGGCACCAGAACCCGAGGACCUGGAGGACCUUUACAGCAGAUACAAGAAGCUGCAGCAGGAACUGGAGUUCCUGGAGGUGCAGGAGGAGUACAUCAAGGAUGAGCAGAAGAACCUGAAGAAGGAGUUCCUCCAUGCCCAGGAGGAGGUGAAAAGGAUACAGAGCAUCCCGCUUGUUAUCGGACAGUUCCUGGAGGCUGUCGACCAAAACACGGCCAUCGUUGGCUCCACUACAGGGUCCAAUUACUAUGUGCGCAUCCUGAGCACCAUCGACCGGGAGCUUCUAAAGCCCAACGCCUCUGUGGCGCUGCACAAGCACAGCAACGCCCUCGUCGAUGUGCUACCACCCGAAGCCGACAGCAGCAUCAUGAUGCUCACCUCAGACCAAAAACCUGACGUGAUGUAUGCUGACAUUGGAGGCAUGGACAUCCAGAAACAGGAAGUCAGAGAGGCUGUGGAGCUUCCACUCACGCACUUUGAGCUUUACAAGCAGAUUGGCAUUGACCCUCCCAGAGGAGUACUCAUGUACGGACCUCCAGGAUGCGGCAAGACCAUGUUGGCCAAGGCUGUGGCACACCACACAACAGCGGCGUUCAUCCGUGUGGUGGGUUCGGAGUUUGUGCAGAAAUAUUUGGGUGAGGGCCCCCGCAUGGUGCGUGAUGUUUUCCGCCUGGCCAAGGAGAAUGCACCCGCAAUCAUCUUCAUCGAUGAGAUCGACGCCAUCGCCACCAAGCGAUUUGACGCACAGACCGGAGCUGACCGAGAAGUUCAGAGAAUAUUACUGGAACUGCUUAAUCAAAUGGACGGUUUUGACCAAAACGUCAAUGUCAAGGUAAUCAUGGCCACCAACAGAGCGGACACGCUGGAUCCGGCCCUGUUGCGUCCCGGCCGCCUGGACCGAAAGAUCGAGUUCCCGCUCCCUGACCGCCGGCAGAAGCGUCUCAUCUUCUCCACCAUCACCAGCAAAAUGAACCUCUCUGAGGAAGUGGAUCUGGAGGACUACGUGGCCCGACCAGACAAGAUAUCAGGAGCCGACAUCAACUCUAUUUGCCAAGAAGCGGGCAUGCUGGCCGUCCGUGAGAACCGUUACAUCGUCUUGGCCAAAGACUUUGAGAAAGCCUACAAGACCGUGAUCAAAAAGGAUGAGCAGGAGCAUGAGUUCUACAAGUAGAGAGGGUAGAAAAGUCUGUUUCUGUAGCAACCAUGUUUCAUUUAAAUUACAUUACAAAGUCACUGUUGCACAAGGCCUGAUAAUAAGCCUUUGCCCAAGUACGUGUUCUGUUUUUUUUUUUUGUUUUUUUUUUUUACGUUUUUUUUCUGUACAGGCUCUCUUGUGGUUACAAAAAAAAAAAAAAUCAGGCUGUACUAAUAGUUAGGUUUGCACCUAUAUACAAACAUAUGACUUAACUAUUCAUUAAAAAUGUUUUCCAUAAAAUGUAUUAGAUGUUCUCUGAUUUAAUUUGUUGGGCAAUAGUUUUGUGUAAGUUUGAAUAUACAGUGCAGUGUAUUCACUCAUUGUAAAAUGGGGAAAAAAGUUCAAUAUAGUUAUACAGUUGUAUCAUGGGUUAUAUGUUGAAGACUUAAAAAAAUAUCUACCUUGAAUGUGGAUGAAUGGAUUUUGCAAGUGGUUUCAAUGAUGGAAUCAAGGAACUACGGCACAUGUCAAACUCAUGGCUCGAGGGCUGGCUCUGACUCACCACCGUUUUGAGGUCUGGAAAAGCAAAUCAAGUGCAUCGACGUCACAUCUCUUUCCAAAAGACUGAAACUGUAAAUUGUUUUCACUUUUGAUAAUGUUAUGAUAUUACCAAGCAUUUAUUUGUUACCAAUCCCCUUUUUAGAAGAGAUUGAAACGUGUGUGUGUGUGUGUGUGUGUCUGUGUAUACUAUCUUCAUGUAGUACAUUUCUGCCAACCUCUACCCACCAAGACAGUUUUAGAAUGCAGGAGGAAACCAGAGUACCCUGAGAAAACCCACACAGGGAUAUGGAGAUCAUGCAAACGCAAAGCAGAAAGACAGGAGCCUGAAUUUGAAUCCACAAACUGAACUGUGAGGCAGCUGGGAUAACCAGUGAGCUACUGUGCAGCCUCAGUAAUACUCCCAUCCAUCAUUUUCUACACUGCUUAUCCUCACUAAUAAUCCAAAAUCCUGGCUAAAUGUUGACACGUGGUUAUAGGACCUGGGUCAAAGAGUGGGAUCAAAGUUGAAUGAACUAUAUUUGUCCAUGUCCAUGAAGUAAUUGAUGCGUGGAGUUGUCAUCGGUAAGAAAUCCUCCCCAAAUGUUGACACAGUGACAGGACAUUGAACAAUAAAUGUGAUUAAAGUUGCAUGA